UUCUUGGCGAGCACGUUCGCGUACUCGUGCUAUAAGGUGUUUCGAAAGGCGACGAGCGGGCGAAUGCGACGGAAGAGGACGGUGAAUAAGAACGUGGAGGUCGUGGAGCGGUUGAAGAACUUUUUCCCCAACGAGCGCUCGAGCGUGAACAAGGGCGUCGUGCGAGGUCUCGCGUUGAAGACGGGAUACUCCUCGGCGGAGAUCUUCCGCAAGUAUCUCAGGUACAAGCUCACGGAAGAGGCGUUCACGCUCGACUUCGUCGCGGAUGUGUUGGCGCUCAAGGGUGCGUGCGGGUUGGAUAGCGAAGAGAUGAAGGAAAUCUUAUUGGAGACGGGUGAGCGAAUGUUCAAAAAGUACGGCACUCUCAUGACCAACUUGGCGGGUUUGACGCAAUCUGGCAUGGAGCGCAAGAUCGACGGUGCGGGGAAGUUUGCCAAGUUGAUGUACCUCGCUGACUUGGACGAGUUCAUCGACAAGGCGCACGGGGCUGAGGUGCAACUCAAGUUGAAGGAGACGUUUGGCGCCACCGACGACGACUACAACAAGUUGCGAAUCACCGCCCUCGGUUCGGACGAGGUCGACGUGAGCUCGUUGAACAGCAUGAUU